AUGUUUGAUUUGGCACCUGAAUUAAAUGCAGCCGUGGUUUUUGUGGAACAUCGAUAUUAUGGAAAUUCAAAACCGUUUGGUAAUCAAAGCUUUUCAAGUGUUGAGAAUUUGGGAUAUUUGUCAAGUUCGCAAGCAUUGGCAGAUUAUGCGUUUGUAGUUCAACACUUGAAAAAUGGAGUAAGAAAAAUCGAAUUGAUCAGAAUCUCACAAUCUCCUUUUCUAGAAAACCAUUCCUGGUGCUGAUGAGAAUACAGCCGUAAUUGCCAUUGGUGGAUCUUAUGGUGGAAUGUUGUCCGCCUGGCUACGUAUGAAAUAUCCUCACAUUAUUGAUGGAGCAAUUUCCUCCUCUGCUCCUCUCUUAUUUUUCAACUCGAAACAAACCGAUCAUAGUCAGAUUACAACUCGAACUUUUGUUGAUGCUGGCUGCAAUCGGAAAGCAAUUGAGACAGGUUGGGAAGUAUUGGAUAAGUUAGCAAAAACUAAAGCUGGUAGAGGGAAAUUGAAUAAGAUUUUUAAAUUGGAUCCGAAGAAAUCGUUGAUUUCAAAAAAGGAAGAUGUUAAAAAUUUGAAAGAAUAUGUGAAGGAAGCGAUGACUAGAUUGUCUUAUGUGAAUUAUCCAUAUCCAACACAUUUUUUGGAAAAAGUUCCGGGUUGGCCAGUUAAAAAAGUUUGUGAAAAGAUUCGAAAAAUUGAGACGAGUGACGAAAAAACAGCGGAACAACUGUAUAAUGUAAGCUGAUUGUGAGUUCGAAAAAAACACAAUUUUCCAGAUUGUAAAUCUGUACUAUAACUACACUGGCGAUAAGAAAUUUCUAUGUGCAAAUACUGAAAAUUGUGGAGAUGGAUACUCAAUUGGCUGGCCAUUUCAUCGGUGCACUGAAAUGAUAAUUUUAUUGUGUUCGAAAGGUCCACCUAAUGAUUUUUUCUGGAAUAAUUGUCCGGAUUCUUAUGAAAAAAGAACAUUGUGGUGUAAAUCUAAGUGAGUUUAUGAUAUUUAUAAUUUAAAGUAACAUCAAACAUUGAAAGGUUUGAAUCACUUGGCUAUGAAACGAGAAUGAUGAGGCCAAACAAUAUCGUUGACCUUUUUGGAUCACCGGAUUCAUCAACUACAUCUAAUAUAGUAUUCACGAAUGGAGAUCUAGAUCCUUGGGCAGCUUAUGGAUUUACAGAGGAAAAAUUGAAUGGAUCAAUAAAAUCGAUAAUUUUCAAAAAUGGAGCACAUCAUUAUGAUUUGAGAGGAACACAUGAAUUGGACACGAAAGAAGUGAAACAAGUUCGGAUUUUUGAGAAAAAUGAGAUACGAAAAUGGAUCAAGGAGAAAAAUAUGAAGAAAAAUCAUGAAAUUAUUUGA